AUGGAUGAAUUCUCUUCACUAAUUAGCCUGCCAUUUAAGCUAGGAAAUUUGAUUACUGAAGACAAGUCUUUCAAUAGCCAUGUCGAGAGUGCAGGGAUCGAGCUGGUAACCGGCUCGAUAACUAUUUUGCCCGAAAAGUCCAUGACGAAACUGCCUUUGGUGCCCGUUAUUGCCUUUGAGAAUAAAAAAUCCAAAUAUAACGUCCCACUGAAUGGAGUAGUCGUGAAAAUCGAGUCAAGCUUUGACAUGUCUAGCAUUGGUGAAGAUGAAAGUGGUAGUUUUGUGGUCGUUAAUAAUGCAGUUAACAAGGAAAUCGAGAAAGAUGAUCAAACGGGCCUCGUUGGUGGCCCAUUAGCCACCAUUGUAGAUUCUCCAUACACAAUGAAUGAUGCUAUUGGGGAGACUAGUUCUGGUCCAAUUUCAUGUAAUAACUUAGAUGAGAUUGACAAUAUAAUCAUUUGUCGAAAUAUCAUCAAGAAAUCGGACUCAUGGGUCGGGAUAGCUGAGGAUCUUUCUGUGGAGAAGACUCGUGAGGCUGUGCCUAAGAGAACAUUCUCAGCGUCCCUUGUUGAGGUCCCGCAAGAAAGUAAAAUGAUUAAACAUAAUCUGCCUCUAAACGCUCUGCCACUUUGGGGCUUGACUUCUAUUUGUGGAAGGAGGUCAGAAAUGGAAGAUUCAGUUGUGGCUCUACCAAGAUUUCUCAGCAUCCCUUCUUGUAUGUUAAGUGACAACCCGGUUUUCACUUCUGUGCAUAAAGAUUUAACGGGCCAUGUUUUCGGAGUUUUUGAUGGGCACGGUGGUUGGCAGGUUUCUGAUUACUGCCGAGAGUAUAUGCAUCUAGCUUUGGCAGACGAGGUUCGUGUAGCCAGAGAGAAAUUGCCGGCUGAAGUUUUCGGGCAUAACUUGAACGAGCAGUGGCUCAAGAUAUUCCGUAACUGUUUCAAGAGAUUAGACGAUGAGGUCGGAGGAUUUGCUCGAGGCAAUGGGGAAAGUGAUGAUUCUCCUGUUAACCCUAUUGCGCCCGAUUCUGUGGGGUCCACAGCUGUGGUUGCAGUUGUUUGCACCACGCAUGUUAUCGUGGCAAAUUGUGGUGAUUCGAGAGCGGUUUUGAACCGGGGGAAAGUGCCGGUACCAUUGUCUGUUGACCAUAGACCAAAUAGAGAAGAUGAGUGUGCAAGGAUCGAAGGUUCGGGCGGGAAGGUCAUUAAUUGGGAUGGGCCCCGUGUUUCGGGUGUGCUUGCUGUGUCUAGGUCCAUUGGUGAUAGACACUUGAGGCCUCAUGUGAUUGCCGAUCCAGAGCUUAUGAUCGUCCCUCGAACAAAAGAAGACGAGUGCCUCAUUCUAGCUAGCGAUGGUCUAUGGGACGUGAUGACAAACGAGGAGGCUUGCGAUUUGGCGCGAAAACGGAUUCUACUCUGGCACAAGAAGAACGGGCCCACUCUCCCCCAAGAACGAGGGCACGGCGUUGACCCCGCGGCCCAGGAUGCGGCUGAUUAUCUCUCGCGUUUUGCUCUCCAAAGGGGGAGCCGAGACAACAUCUCGGUCAUCGUGGUAGAUCUGAAAGCUCAAAGGAAGUUCAAAAAGAAGAUGUGA